AUGAGUGUUCCACCUUUGCCUCCUAACGAGGGUGUGGUGGAAGUCUGGAUGCCUGCAUUGGCACCUUUAGAUGAUGAUGAGGAUGAUCUCUAUAUGACACCUCCACCUGAGACUGUACAUAACGAGAAUGCCAAUAAUAGUGAAGAUGAGGAUGAUCUGUAUAUGACUCCUCCACCUGAGAAUCUCAAUGGUGUUGACUCCCGGUUCCCAGUACCCCUUGACCUCGAUAUUGACAUCAAUCCUGCUCUCAUCCCCUUGAUAUUAGGCCACGAGCACGAGCAGGAGCGCGUGAAGUACUGCUGGACGACCUUCCACCUCAAGUGUGUUCGCUUGUGGGCCGCGAAGAGUGUCAAGGACAUCAAGGAAGCCUGGUGCAGACGUAGCGAGAGCGGCAGGAAGGACGACUAG